AUAAGCACCACGUGUUGACCUCACUUUUGCCAGUAUGAAGUUACUAAUAAUUGUUUCCAUCGGGCUAUUAGCGGCAGUUGACGGAGCAGCCCGGGGACGCCGGGCGCUCCAGGCCAUGGACGCAUUUUCUCUCCAGUCCUUCACACAGUUGUUUCGCCAAACGCUGCUGAACAAGAUCGCACUGGAGAUGAACAACACCGUGGACAUGUCACGUGACCUUAAGGUCAAGAUGGACGCCUGUAAGGUCCAGGUCACCGCCAAAACGGACCAAUGCAAGUCCGCCGCUCAGUCAGCCUGCCAAGCUGACCCAAGCUUCAUGGAUUACCUGAACGCUGGAGCAAACCUGGUCAACCCAUACACUUACCUUGAGGGGCCGUUCAACGAUAUGGCCUCUAAGGUUGGGGACGCCGUGGACCUUCUAGGCGACAAAGCAAAUGGUUUCCUAAACUCCGUGAAAGAUCUUGGAGGUUCCGCUGUUGGUGGAGUUUAUGAUGGCUUUUCGUCGGCAUUCAACGGUUUCAAGGACCAACUCAGCUCCCUCGGUGGUUCCAUCCUUGACGCUGGAAACAGCGUCAUCGACACCGCCAAUCUCAUUGGCGACGGCUUUACUGACCUCGGAAGCAGUAUCGGAAACGUCGGAACAGACAUCGGGCACACGAUUGGGGACAUCGGUGGCAGCAUUGGACACGCUAUUGGAGGCCUUUUCGGCCGACGUGAGCUUGACGCCCAGACCCGCCAGUGUAUGGAGAAAUGCGCUCCCUGUCGGCCACUCCUUCUUCCCACUCAGUCUGAUAUCAUCACUUCAGUCUGUGGACCUGAGAUUGUAAACACGAACAAGACGAUCCAGGAUCGCGUCGGCAAGCUCCAGAGAGUCUAUGACGCCACACUGGACAAGAUCCACCCCAUCAUCACCAAGGUUGAAUUCGACCCCUCCUCCAUGAACGCCCAGAUGCAGCUUGCUAAUGUCCACAUCACUGUCCGCCUGAACGGACGCGACCAGAGCUACAAGACGACUGUGCCCUACAGCAUGAUGAACCUGCCAACCACAGCCCAAAACAUGGCCAUGGAGUUCUGGGGAAAGUCACAAUAA